AGUUGUUUACGUUCAUAUCUCAGUUCAUAUAAACUCAUUUCUUUUCGAAAAUAUACAUUUUUUUUUAUAGCUGCGUAGAUGAUCGAGUAAAUAAUGAAAUAUCAAUGAAUUAACAAAAUCACGUCGAUUUCUGUUCAUUAGAACUCAUAUACGUUUACAAAUAAUACAAUUCAUUUCCAAUUACAGAAAUUAAUUCACCAAAGAUGUUCCCAAGAUCAAACCUUGUAAAUAUUCAAGACCGCUUGAAGCAAGCUCAAGCAACUCAUAAUAUGCAGCUUGGAGAAGUGUAUACAAUACCCAAUGUUGGUGGUCAAAUUAUUCCAACUUCGCAACCAUUUCAUUCCAGUGUAGUGGAUUCCUCUGUAGCUAUUCAGCUGUCAAUGGGAAAUCCUCUACCAGUAGAGAAAGCUCUCAUGGAGCGUAAUGACAUUUGGCACAGAAUUAUCAUUCAAAACGGUGCUGGUAUUGAUAAAGAAACUGCCUUAAAAGCUAUACUUCGCACUGUAAGUCCAGCUGAUUUGAUUCCAGUCAAAUAUCAAGUUAUAGGAACUGAUUCGUGUUUUCUUGUAAGGAAUUGUGGUCAAGCUUUGGAUAAAUUAUGUAAAACAAGUUUGAUAAUUCAAACUGAAGAUAGUCAUAUGAUUCUCACAAUUACACUAGGCUUUGCUUCAAUUCAUGACCUGAAAAUUAACAUUCAACCAAUUUUAUUGACAGGACUAGUAAAGCGAUAUGCCUUAGACAAAAAAUUGUUAAAUUUGGAAGAGUUUCAUAAAGAUGCUGAUAUUUACAAACAAGUGUAUUGUCCUUUAUCUCAAUCUAAGACUUUGGGACAUGUUUUGAGAUUAGCAAAAAGUACUUUUGCAUUAUUGGAAAAUCUAAAUUUAAAAAGCAAUGAAAUUUCAUCUUUGUCAGCAUUAGAACCUGCACACAUGAAAACAGUUAAAUAUUUAGAUUUAAGGCACAAUGAUUUAAUCAGAAUAGAAUGUUUAGAACCUCUCAAAUGUCUUAAUAUAUUAGAACUUUGGUUGGAUGGAAAUCCAUUAUGUGAAAACUAUUCUCAUCCGCAACAAUAUGUAGAGGCUGUAAGGGAGUAUUGUCCAAAUUUGUUAAAAUUGGAUGGAGUUACUUUAAAUUCACCUGGACUGCCAUUAAUUUUCAAAAGUUAUAUCAAAAAUUGGCAGAAAAGAAAGUUAGUGGAACAGUUUGUUGAGCAUUUUUUUACAGCUUACGAUUCUCCAGAUCGAACAGUAUUAAAAGGCCUGUAUCAUGAAAAUGCAUGGUGUUCAACUACUGUUGGUACUCCUACUUCACUAAGUAGUAAAAAAUGUCUGGAACCAUUCGGGCAAGAAAAUAGGAAUUUAUUAAUAUUUGGUAAAAAUAGCCAACAACUUUUACACUAUGGAUCUGAAACAAUUAUUGAAGCUUUGAAGUCAAUGCCAGCUAGUCAACAUUUUCAUAAAUCAUUUUGUUCUGAUCUUAUAUUUGAUAGUGACGAAGUAGUAGUUAUCACUGUUGAAGGACUAUUCAAAUUGGCGAAUGGAAUAAAUCAAAUCUUAGCUUUCAAUAGAACUUUUGUGCUAGCUCAUGAAGAAGAAAAUGAAUUCAAAAUAAGAAAUGAUCAGUACCAUGUUUUCAUGCCAUCAGGUGGAAUGGACAACAUUUCUUCCAACAUAACAAACGAAAACCCUUUAAAAUUCCAACCAAAUUGUUUUAGUUCACGAGAAAAAGAAGAUAUGAUAAUUUCAUUUCAAGAAGCAACUUCAAUGAAAUCUGAUCAUUGUGAAAAAUUUCUCAAAUAUGCUGAUUGGGACAUGAGAAAAGCCAUAACUAUUUUUUUACACCAUUAUAAAAAUGGCUCUGUACCAAAGGAUGCUUUUUACACUAGUAUGGCAUAGUGGUAGUAAAAAUGUAGCGUAGUAGCAAUAAAAAUCGAAUCAUCCCUUAA